AUGCCUGCAAAGACUCGUCCCGUGGAGAAGAUUGCCAAAGCUUCUGCUCAAUGUUCCGCAGAGGUUGCGGCAUACGGCAAGUGUGUCGUCACGGAUUACAACUCAGUGCACAAAGAUAUGUGCGCCAAAGAGUUUAUGAGACUGAAGAACUGCUAUCUGGUAAGUGAUUUGAUCAAGCAUUGUGAGUGCCAACUUGCUGACCAUCUUCUACAGGCGGCCUCCAAAAAGGGCUAA